AUGGACGCCUUUUCGUCCCCCGUGCGCUUGAUGCCGCCCCAUACGCCCCGGCGAGUCCCGUCGCCAGUCAUGUCGCCCAACGGCAGGAGAGGCCGCCCCGAAGACGGCCGUCUGCGCGACCUGUCGCCCGAAACAACACUGCGCGCCUUCACCCACGACCCCAUGCCCUUCGACACCACCCGCGACGAAUACAAGAUCUUUGCCUGCAUCGAAACCCUCACCGUCGCCGAGCGAGACCUGGGCGCGCGCGUCGCAAAGGCAGCCCAACGCCUCAAGGCCUGGUGCGCCGAGAUCGAGCAGUGGGGUUGGUCUGGCAGCUUCGAGCAGCCCAGCGCCGAUGCCCGUGAGCAGAAGAGGAGGAGCAUCGAGCUGCGCAUCAGACAACAUGUCGCCGACCCGGACUUUGCCAACAUCGUGCCGCCGCUGGAAUACUGGGGCUCUCUGCUCUCCGACGAGGUGCAGCAGUACGAGGCGCGCCUCGACGACAUUGAAGACGAGAUGCUCAAGCUCGACGUCGAGGAGCUCAAGGAGCACGUUUUGGACAUGCAUCCCGCGGGCAGGGCCCGGCCUUCUGCCGGCUUCCCAGCCACCCGUCACCACUACAAGGUCAUGGACGACUUCUCCUUUCUCAUUACCCAGACCCUGCUGUCGGCACUGCCGCAUCACGCCAAGCUCAAAGAUCGCCUGGGUACCUGGACAGCCCGCGUCUCCAUUCUCCGCCAAACACCCCGUUACCUCAGGGACCUGGAGACCGCGCAGAAGGCUAUGCGCCUGGGCUGGGACGCCAUCGAGCCACCAACAGACUCGUCCGAUCUCGCCUUCGAACAAUGGAAAGAAGCCGUGGAUACAAUCUCGGCCACCCUCCACCAAAGAGUCAGUGAUCUCGGUCGGCGUUUGGACAGGAUGCUCGACACGCUCGAGGGCCGAGAAGACUGUCUACCAGACCACUGGAUAGAUACAUUUGAAGCCACAGAGGCAGACUUUGGGCGGUGGAAACACGAGUCAAGAAGGCGGCUCAUUGACCUCGAGGUGCGAAGACGAGCGGAGAGCUCUACCGCACCCAAGACUCCUGGUCAUGAGCAACAUUCGUCAGUAGAUUCCGGCUCAAGUACGACUCCUGUCAACAGCUACGACUCUCUUCGUGGAUCUGGCAGCAGCAACUCUACAAUCGACACGGUGAACUCGUCAAAAGGCAAAUCACUACCAGCAGAGGCUUCCAAUGCCUCUGGUGGUACAUCGUUGCCCAUGGCAAGCGUGCUCCCAGACCAGAUUAGCUUCGAGUCGGAGCCUUCUCCCUCUGAGGAUGAGUCCGAGUUUGACGAAGGCGACACCGUUGUGCAUCACGUCCUUGAAGAGAGUUCAGAGCCUAGUGCAGUCCAGUCCGAAUCCGAAACAUCCGUGCCAGACGAACCCCGAGCGGAUGGUUUAUCAGAAAGCCACACGCACGGUCGCCCCGUCCCUCUCGCACUACAUGGUGACCUAGCCGUUACCGCUAAUGGUGGCCAGGAUCGUGCUGUACUGGACCCCCCUCAAACACCACGCUCAUGGAGAGGUAGCCUGGGGUCAUUCUCCACAGACAUGUCACCUGACUCAAGCCCGCACAGUACCGUGGAAGAGUCUCCGUCUGUACUUCACACCACCAACCGUGCAAUGAGAGGGCCUCGCCCUGAACUCAAUGCCACCGUGGCAAAGCGACGACUGGACCAUGAUGCCGUUGCUCUUGAACGAGAUUCUGAAGGCGCGCCAUGGCCACCAUCGCGCUUCGUCCAGAAGCCUUCGACCAGUGCACAAGAAUUGGAACAAAAGAUUUCCGAUAUCCUAACAACUAUUCCUGCCCACAUCAGGCUGACAUCAGGUCCUGGUCCUGAUGCACCCGAAGUGAAACCAGCACGUGGCCUCGCAGCCAAAGGCAGCCGCCCAUUCCUACGCGCAGCCCGUUCAGUGAGUAACUUGAAAGCGCCUGAGCUUACUCUGUCGCCUGCCAAAAGCGAAUUCGAGCUCAAUAAUCCUGCCUGUGGACGUAGAUCUGCCGCAGCCAGAGGCGACAACGACAUCAAGCUGUAUCACCUUACACAACCAGGCAAGGAGCAGCCCAUCAAGCUAUUCAUUCGUCGCGUCGGUGAGAAUGGUGAGCGCGUCAUGGUGCGCGUUGGAGGCGGUUGGUCUGACCUCGGCGAGUACCUGCGUCAAUACGCUGAACACCACGGCCGCCGAACAGCAAGCGAAGGCAAAUUCGAGGUGCUUGGUCUUGAAGUCAAGAACGUGGAGAACUCGCCCACUCGCCCCGAGAGCCGGCGCGAGAGACGCAUCAGCAUGGGCUACCCCUUUCCCAGCCCUUCGACCACGCCAGUCAAACCAUCGGGCUUGGGCGUCGGCAUCUCGAUAGACAGGACACCUCCGCCCAUGCCCAACUUCCGGGUAUCGACACCAGACGCGACCGAAGGACCAGUCAUGUCUUCCACCACACCGUCCGGCAGCCCGUGGCAAGGCCGCGAAGUUGGGCUCGCGGGCCCAAACACAAAAAAGCUUGAGCUCAGCGGCGAAAAGCUGCAGUGGAUCGAGGGCAUGAUGAAACAAGUUCGUACCGUGAGCACAAAUGCAAUCACAAUCGAUCGCCCGCCUUUCCAGCGCGACGAGCGCCCAGCAACAAGUGGCGGCGGAAGUCGUCCAGGCAGUCGUCCAGGCAGUCGUCCAGGUAGUCGCGCCGGCCUAGGCGGAACCCUCGGCGGCAAGAAGACCGAGUUCGCCGACUUGGGCAAAGUUGGCGGCACAAGAAGAGUGUUUAUGAAAGGUGGAAAGUCGAAUUUCGGUCCUGGCGAGCAGCAGUAA